CCUCAUAAUGGUGCUCUCCCUAGUCUAGUCGAGUCGAGAGUCCUUAUUUUAUUCGAACAUCUGCCGGUUGGGCGGGAGGUAGCCUGCCGGAGAGCUGAAACUCCUUUAGCUUUAGCGCGAUCAGCGCCAGUCAGUUUCUCACAGUCGCCACGAGUAGAAGGUGCCAAAGCGCCGCCUGACAAAGAACCAGUAAACCUCGUGCGUGCAUCGAAGAAGAAAGAACUUUUCGUCCAUGUGUGUGCGGGAAAAAAGUUAUGUUCUGUGCUAUCUUUCUUUGGUUUCUCGGUUGGUUUUUGUUUGAUUUGUGGGUUUUUAUGUUGCUUCUGUUUUAAUAAGUUGAUGGAUGACGGGUAACUGAAGAUGGCAUCACCUACACCAUCGCUAGAAUCCCUACCAAGAGCAAACUCGAUUGGAUCCUUCGGAGAUCAGCACGAUUACCUCUCCCUCUCGCCAUUGGCCGAUUCCCCGUUGUCAGUCAGCGGCUCCUCUCCACCGGUCAGCGACUCAGUAGACAGAGACAGCGACCCCUCAGAAAUCCAUUGCCAGCAGUGCAGAGAGCCGGUCUCAGACCCCAAGCUGCUCUCCUGCUUCCACACCUUCUGCAACAGCUGCCUCGAGAAGAACAAGCUCGUUUGUCCUCGUUGCAACUCGGAGCUUAUAGAGGGCAUUUGGAACAGCGUUCUCUUCAGCUCAGAGAAUUCUGAGGCUUUCCAUUCGGCUCCUAUACGUUGUACCGGGUGCAAACACAAGAAACUAGACGCGGUAGCACGCUGCGUCGAUUGUGCCAACUACCUGUGUUCAAAUUGCGUCAUGGCACACCAAUUUAUGCAUUGUUUCGAAGGCCACAGAGUGGUUAAUCUGGCUGAUAUCAAGGACCAAGAGUCCAAGAACGGUUUGAUUCCCAACGGGAACAUGAGCAACGCCGAAAAAAGCAUGAUUUGCCCGAGGCACAAGUCCGAGUUGUUGAAAUACUACUGUCGCACGUGCACCGUGCCCAUUUGCAAGGAAUGCCUCAGCCUGGACCACCCUGUAGGUCUGCACGAGUACGAGCAUAUCAACGAAGCCGCGCCCAAGCAAAUCGAAGCUAUCCAGCACGCGGUGACGGAAGCCAAAAGCAAGGCUACGGACGUGAGAAAUAUCUUGAAAAAUGUAGAGCACGUUUCCAGCCGCUUGCAGGUGCAGUACCACAAAGCCCAGAACGAAAUAAACGAUACGUUUCUCUUCUACAGAUCCAUGCUGGAGGAAAGGAAACAAGAGUUGCUCAAGGAGUUGGAGAGCGUGUUCAGCGCCAAGCAGAUAUCGCUGGGCGUAGCGACGCAAAAAGGCCAGGAGACUUGCGAACAAAUCUACAAGACUUGCGAGUUCGUAGAGAGACUGAACAAGUGCGCGAACGUGGUCGAAAUCCUCAUGUUCAGGAAACUUUUAGACGCUAAGUUACAAGGACUGUUGAACUACAACAUCGACCAAAGCGUGCAGUCGGCUGGGGAACUCGAGUUCGUUUCGAACUACCAAGCUAUCCAAGUGGGCGUGAGAAACACCUUCGGCUAUGUCCGGUCGAACUCGGAGCCCGCCGUAGGGCCCAGCAAGCAGCCGCCCAUCGCCAGACCCACUGGGGGCGGCAAUGGCGGCGGUUCUAGCUCCAGCGGUAGCAGCGUGAAUGGGAGCUCGGGCAGUAUCAAUGGCGGCAUGCACUGCCCUUUCACCAUCUCGGGCUCCAGCCAAUCCACUUCUCCGUUCGAAUCGAACAUAAUCAGCAAGCGGUUCAGCAGCGCCAACAGCCUGGGGCCGUUUUCGACGACCAUGGGCGAAUUGAAUCUCAACGGUAUCAACCCUUACGAGAAGUGGUCCAACGGCGGUGGCACAGACAGUAUCUUCCAGAACGGCACUCCAGAUCCGUACUCGCUCUCCAACACCGCCCACAACGACCCGAUGCUGGAUCUAACCUCAAAGCUAAUGUCCACGGCUAUUUUCCCGCCAAAAUCGCAAAUCAAGCGCCAGAAAAUGAUCUAUCACUGCAAAUUCGGGGAGUUUGGAGUCAUGGAAGGCCAGUUUACUGAACCUAGCGGCGUGGCUGUCAACGCGCAGAACGAUAUCAUCGUGGCUGAUACAAACAACCACCGGAUCCAGAUUUUUGACAAGGAGGGACGGUUCAAAUUCCAGUUUGGGGAGUGCGGCAAACGCGAUGGACAGUUACUGUACCCCAAUCGAGUGGCAGUAGUACGCACUUCUGGUGACAUAAUCGUCACCGAGCGUUCUCCCACGCACCAGAUCCAGAUUUACAACCAGUACGGGCAGUUUGUGCGCAAAUUCGGGGCUAAUAUAUUGCAGCACCCACGUGGCGUCACGGUGGACAAUAAGGGACGUAUCGUGGUGGUGGAAUGCAAAGUUAUGCGGGUGAUAAUCUUCGACCAAACAGGGGCUGUUCUCCAAAAGUUCGGGUGCUCCAAGCACCUGGAGUUCCCCAACGGCGUAGUAGUUAACGACAAACAGGAGAUUUUCAUUAGCGACAACAGGGCGCAUUGCGUCAAGGUUUUCAGCUACGAGGGAGUGUAUUUAAGACAGAUCGGCGGCGAAGGAAUAACCAACUACCCUAUCGGCGUGGGGAUUAAUGCGAAUGGGGAGAUUUUGAUAGCCGACAACCACAACAACUUCAACCUGACGAUUUUCACUCAGGAUGGGCAAUUGGUGUCAGCUCUGGAGAGUAAGGUGAAGCAUGCGCAAUGCUUCGAUGUUGCUCUUAUGGAUGAUGGUUCGGUGGUGUUGGCUAGCAAGGAUUACAGGUUGUACAUCUACCGUUACGUGCAGGUGCCCCCUAUCGGCCUGUAGGCGAGUUGUUGCCUGGCAGGGUUGCCAGCCGCCAUUCCCAACACUUUUUGUUGACGCAUUUUUGAAUGGAGUGGUCGGAUGCUGGUCUGUUGAUUGUAUUAUUUUUUUUAGAGUUGUCAAAAUUGUCACGAUGUUGAUCGUCAUAGUUUUGUACUGUAUUUCACAUGUUGAUAUUUUUAAUAUUAUAAACGUUUGACAAGCAGGACGGCGUCGCAGCGCUGUUGCCCAUGUUGUAUGACCAAAUUAUCAAUUUUUAAAACAGGGAUAUUAUUAUUCAGAUUAGAAAUGUUAACCAAGCAUCGCAUGGUGCCUGGGCCAUUGUUGUAAUUUAAAUUUGAGCAGUUUCCGAUGAUAAUGAUCUAUUUUAAUAUGCGUGUAUGAUGUUGUGUAUGUUCUUAGAAAUAGCGCCUUGUUGUUUGCGGGUUGCCGCGUUGUUACGGACCCUAGUCAACCACGAACUGUACUUUUUUGAAUUUAGCUCUUUUCUAUUUUUUUUAUUGCCUAUUAUUACUGUUCUCUCUUUAUAGUUCUCCCCCCCUCGAGGGUGAUUUGUAUUUUUCGAAUACGUCGUGCCGUGCCCCCCCACACCCCGCCGCUCGGGAUUUCCCCCCUUGUCGGCAUUAUUUGUUUCUCUUUUAUUUUUUAGUUUUGUUAUACACAAUCAAUUAUUAGUUAGUAUAUUAUAAUGCAAGUGUGGUGCAUGCCAAGCCUACAUCUCUUCACUGAUCCUUAUUAUUUUUUUAAUUAGUUGUAGUUUCGUAGUAAUAUAUUUGAUUGUUGAGGCUGCCAAGUUUAAGAUAGCGGGCCCGAGGGCAAAGUAUCAGCACUACUGAGGCGCGUACGCGCCACUUUCAAGACUAUAUACUUAGUAGCUAAGUUUCUCGUUCAUUUAUUAUUAUUAUUAUUUUGCGUAUCUCUCGGAACAGAAUCAUGGGGUCCUAAAUCCCAAAACGGAACAUAUUGCGCACGAAUCAUGACAAUUUUUAUUUAUCUUACGUUUAGUUAAUCCAUACUCACCGGCAAAGAAAUUUUGUCAUUGUCAUUGAUCG